AUGGGUCCCGUUCAGCCGACGUCGUCAACAGGCAUUCAGAUCCUUGAGCGGGCAGACGCACUCACCCGACUGUCACUCGACGACGAGGCGCCAACCGUCUCACUCAUUCGCGGCUUCAAGGCGACUAUCCCGACAAGCGAGCUGUCGAAGCAGCGCCGGCGACUGAUUCGUGGCGGACUCGUCGACGAGGAUCUCGGCGGCAAACUGGGUCUGAAGGCCCUGGGAGACCGCGCGCGAGGUCUGCUGACAGACGGGAGCGACGAGAUCGAGGCGCAGCACGAGGCAAAGCGAAAGGACAAGCGCAGCCGGCGGAAAAAGCUGAGAGAACGGAGGUCCACCAUGGCCCAUCUCGAGGGAAAACUGCAUCUCGAAGAUUUGCUUCAGCAGGCCGACGAGAUUGCGCAGGACAAGGACAACCUGGCCGUUAGGCAGAGCUUGAUCAACGCCGAGAUCAACGAAGUCUCAAGCAAGAUCGAGCAGCUCGCCGAGAUCCGGAAGCGGCUGGAAGCCUCCCUGCUCAAGCUGCAGGAGGAGGGACUGGAGCUCGACGACGAGUUGGAGGGUAUCCAGGAGCUCAUGGCUUCUCCAUCCGUCACGUCGGCCGCGGGCGUGAAGGCUCUUCCGCCCAGUGCGCAGCAGACCGUCUCCUCCAGCAGCCGGCGACGAAAGGGUCCCGCCUUCCUGCCCUCGGAGCACGACGAGCUGCCGUCCGGCGUCGCCUUCCUGACGCUCGAGGGCCACACUGCGCCCCUGACGGCACUGGACUACGACGAGCCGUACGGCACCUUGGUGACUGCGGGGCAGGACGACGCGGUGAAGGUCUGGGACCUGUGCGACGGCGAGGUACUCGGCGAGCUGCGCGGGCACAAGGGAGCCGUGAAGGCGGUUCAGGUCGAGGACACGCUGUGCGUAACGGGCGGCGAGGACGGGGAUGUGCGUCUGUGGGACCUGCGUCUGGUGGAGGACUACGAGGAGAAGCUGGCCAAGGCGGCCGAGAGCCGGAACCCGCUCGACCGGAUUGCGGAGGAGAAGGAGGGCAGUAUCCGGCAAGGCGGCGAGGAGGAGGAGGAGCGCAACCCCUGCGUGCGCACGCUCGAGGGCCACUCCAAGUCCAUCACGGCGCUUUAUUACGAGGACAGCACGCUCGUCACCGGCAGUGCGGACAAGACAAUCAGGCAGUGGGACGUCACGACCGGCCAAUGCGUGCAGACCAUGGACAUCCUGUGGGCCAUCUCCAACCCGCCCGUCAUCCCGCUCUCGCCGCGCAAGAGCCGGCGCAAGUACUCCAGCUCCUCGUACGCUUCGGCUGGAUACGAUGACCUCCUCCCCUCUCUUGACAGUCCCGGAGCUGUCGAGGAGCCGAUCAGCCUCAGCGGGCCGUUCAGCGUCCCGACCCCGCCGUUCAGCGACGGCUCGUGGGACAUGUACACCGACUUUGUGGGCGGACUGCAGUUCUGGGGCUACGCGCUCGCGUCGGGCUCGGGCGACGGUGCUGUGCGCAUGUGGGACAUGCGCACCGGCCAGGCCCACCGCACGCUCAACGGACAUACCGCGCCCGUCACGUCGCUCCAGUUCGACGAGCACAACAUCAUCUCAGGAUCGCUCGACAAGACGAUCCGCAUCUGGGACAUGCGCAUGGGCCAGACCGCCGAGCUGCACAAGUACGAGUACCCCGUCACGUGUGUGCAGUUUGACAGCCGCAAGGUCGUCGCGUGCACGGGCGAGAACGGCAUUGAGGUGUACAACCGCACGACGCACGAGCACUCGCGCCUCAUUGUCAACGGACACACCAAGCCGGCAGAGAGGAUGAGGUUCAUCGACAAGUACCUCGUCUCGGGCGGCAAGGACGGCACGGCAAAGGUCUGGGCCAUGUAG